UGAUGGGGUUUGCUGCAUUUGAAGUUGGGGAAGCAGCCAAAAGGACUUAGAGGGGGGAAAAAAAGUAGUCUAAGGUAGAGGCAAACAGAAACAAUAGCUAAACUUGCCUCUGACUUCAGAGCUGGUUUUUGGGUAGUUUUUUUUUAAGGCUUUGGAAAACCAUAAAAAGCAGAAUCCCUGCCUCCCAAACACAAUAAUUGGGAAGACCAGACAUCACUUUGACAAGGAGUAGCCACAUGUUUAAGGUGCCAGAAGAAGGCUGGGGAAUGAAGGCUGGGGGAUCGAGGCUGUGCUGGCGGAAUUAGCCCGUCCCAGGCCCCUCGGUGGCCGCGCAGCCCCGGCGCUCCCGCUGCCCGUCCCCGCCUGCCUCCCUCAGCCGGAGCGGCCGCUCCCCUGCGCCGUGCGGGCUGGGCUGCCGCUAUUUAAAUGCAGCUCCAGUCUCCGGCUGAGCGAGGGCUGUGUCGCUUUAAGGCACAUGUGAUACUCUCCCGAGCAGGGAUGUGUUGAAAUAGGCUCGGGCAGGUCCAGCGGCCGGGAGCCGCCGCCUUGUGCCGCCCGUGCGGAGCCGCGGCCGCGCUGCCCGCGCCCGCCCGCUGCUGCUCGGCCUCGCGUGUGCCGAGAGCUGCUCCUCGCCGCCAGACCCCUCCGAAGGGCUCCUCCGGCACAAGGGGAUGAUCUAAAGGUGAAACUCCAAGGCUAGGAAAUGAUUUAAAGGUGAAAAUGAGAAGGUCUCCACCCCUCAAACCUUGGCCACUUUUCUGACGGCAGUCUGAGAGCUCAGAUGUCUUCUUUACUCUGGAAACAGGAUUUGUAACGAAAAAGGGAUUUUUUUUUUCUUUUUUUUUCUACUUUUAAUCCUGAUAAAGAAGAUUAUUGGGAAGCUAUAAAAGAAAUCCCUUGUUGUGGUACAGAUGGAUUUAAAAAAGUAUUAGAUCUUUCCGAUGAACACUACUAGAGUGCUCUGCUCUUGGUUGGAUUACUCAGAGAAUGGCAGUGGUCUCUGCAAUGUCCUGGGUCCUGUAUUUGUGGAUAAGUGCCUGUGCAAUGCUGCUCUGUCAGGGGUCCCUCCAUCACACUUUCCAGCAGCAUCACCUGCACAGACCAGAAGGAGGAACGUGUGAAGUUAUAGCAGCACACAGAUGCUGUAAUAAGAAUCGAAUUGAGGAAAGAUCACAAACAGUAAAAUGCUCCUGUCUACCUGGGAAAGUGGCUGGGACUACAAGAAACAGACCUUCCUGUGUUGAUGCUUCUAUAGUGAUUGGGAAAUGGUGGUGUGAGAUGGAGCCCUGCCUAGAAGGAGAGGAAUGUAAGACAUUGCCUGAUAAUUCUGGAUGGAUGUGUGCAACUGGCAAUAAAAUCAAGACCACCAGAAUCCACCCAAGGACUUAACAGAGCGCCCACGUCUGCACGGAGACAGUGAAAGCCCUGCUGAUUUAUGAGGACAAAGUAUUGAAAGUUUAAAACCAUCUCAGCACUUACAAGCCAAAUGGAUUUCUUAUUUGCACUUUGACUGUUUACCAGAAAACAACAGUGGCUUUACUGUGUGAAAGAAAGGAUUCAGUGGAAAUAACGGCCCUGAUUUUUGACAGCUGAAAAUAAAAAAUGAAGAAAGUGGUUCCUUUGCUAAAGUUUCUGAGAUUGCAAAGUACAAGCAACAGUAUAAGUUUGGAUCUACAAUUUACUUUAUACCAGUUAAAGUAUAUAUAUAUAUAGAAAUAUAUAUAUAUUAAUAUAUGAUAUUUUGAAAUAAAAGCCUCACUCUUCAAGAAAUUGAAUAGUACCACACUUUGCUGCAGCUGCUGUAUUUUUUUUUUUCCUUUUUUGCAAUGGUCUGGAAGUUCCCUACCUGUUUGAGAGAGAAAUGUGGCAGUGAAGAGGCAAAGCAAACCUGCUGUGGUACAAGGACGCCUAAGAGCUACACGAAUCCUACCGAUGCAGCAUCCAGAGCUUCCUGUUCCCUUUGGCAGAAUUUUGAGGGCAUUUGUUGUUCCACUUUGUGUUCUGGAGGCUUUUCCCCUUGUGCAAUACUAGCAUGCUGGCUUUGCUUCAUUAACCAUACUUGAUUGAUAUAUAACAAUGAUAAUUCUAUCCUCCUCCAAGAAAAUAUUUUUAGAGCUGUUAGAUAUUCCAUGAAGAAGAGAUGGACAACUACUGAGUGAAGUACAGUAUGUAUUAAAAGUUUAUUUGGCAGAGUUUGGUAGACUGUGAGCUCCCUUCUUAUUAAAGAUGUACUGUACAUA